AUUGGCAAACCUAUUCGUCUGAUUCUUCUAUACACAUAUUAUGACUGUAGCGUACAAUGGGCAGUGUGCACGUUGUAUGUGAUUCUAAUUACCUGUGAAACACACGCGAAUAAUUGAACUGCUUGCGAAAAAUACAUUUCCUAUACCAGCAUGGAAAGCACGCCACACAGUUUGUCUCAUUGCAUCAUUUUGGUCUCUACAAUUGAACAACAAAACUCGUGUGAUGUCUGUUCAGAUGGGGAUGGAGAGUGUGGUGACAGUGAUGGUGGGCAACAAGGUGGACCUGGAGGACAAGAGAGAAGUUCCUCUCCAGACUGCCUCCAAAUUGGCAAGUCGCAAUGGAUUCGAAUACAUAGAAACAAGUGCUGUCAGUGGAAAGAACGUCCAUACAUCAUUCUAUAAACUGGCCGAAUCGUUAAUCUUCAGCAGGGGAAUAUUCUUACCAGGAGAAGAGGUGGAGGCAAGGAUGCAAGGUGGUCUCACGUCCAGUCGGGCUGAGAACGGAGCGUUCAAAGUGGAGGACAGAAGCAAAGAGGAGAGACGAAGAGCUGCCAUCAGCAACAGAAAACUUAGACAUGACUCUGAGAGAGAACGCAGCAAAGGCAGCAGUGGUGGCUGCUGCUCCUAGCAACAAAAUCAUACAAUUACAUGUAGCUCGUUUUUGAUGCAUUAUUAUGGUGUGUGUUUCUCUAAAUGUGUAGCCUGAGGCUCGCAACUACUUGGAAUAUA